GCAUAGAUAUUCAGUCCGUGGCAGUCCACCAAAUAUCAUCCUUUGUUUAAUUGAACAACGACAGGCGUUUUCCUUUCGGACAUUUUCAUUCUGGAUCCGAGAUAGAGACCCUGAGAUUUUGCAGUAUUGAAAUUCGAAAAAGAAAAGGAAAAAAGCAGAUUAGAAAUGGCGGCCUUUAUCAAGCUAGAAGAUUCACCUAUGUUUCAAAAGCAGAUAUGUUCUUUAGAGUACACGGCUGAUGAGUUGAAAAAUCGCUGUCAAACACUAUACAAAGGAAGCAAAAAGUUUAUGACAGCUCUUGGAGAAGCAUAUAAUGGAGACAAUAGUUUUGCUGAUUCUUUAGAAGCAUUUGGUGGUGGACAAGAUGAUCCCAUUAGUGUCUCCAUAGGAGGGCCGAUCAUGUCCAAGUUCAUCAAUGCCUUUCGUGAGCUUGCUAGCUAUAAGGAGUUGCUUCGUUCACAAGUGGAGCAUGUGUUAAUUGAUCGGCUAAUGCACUUUAUGACUGUUGAUUUGCAAGAUGCAAAGGAGUCUCGUCGACGGUUUGACAAAGCUAUAAAUGCAUAUGAUCAGGAUUUGCAGAAUUCAAAAUCUGCUUUUGAGAGAAGCCGCUUCAAUUUAGUAAAUGCUCUAAUGAAUAUUGAAGCGAAAAAGAAAUAUGAGUUUCUGGAAUCUAUAAGUGCAAUUAUGGAUGGCCAUCUUAGAUACUUUAAGCUGGGGUAUGAAUUAUUGAGCCAGUUGGAACCAUUUAUUCAUCAGGUAUUGACAUAUGCUCAACAAGCAAAAGAAUUAGCAAAUGCUGAGCAGGAUAGGCUUGAAAAACGUAUUCAAGAAUUCAGGACCCAAGCUGAGAUAGAUACUUUACGAGCUUCUAGUAACAUAGAGCCUUCAACAAGUUCUGGAAGCAUUCCUGUUAUUGGCAUGAAUUCAGACAAAAACAUAGAAGCAAUCAUGCAGUCCUCAACAAAAGGGGAGGUCCAGACAAUCAAACAAGGAUAUUUGUUAAAACGUUCUUCAAGUUUGAGUUUGAGGGGAGAUUGGAAGAGGAGGUUUUUUGUACUCGAUAGUGAAGGAACUUUAUACUAUUAUAGGAAUAAGGGUACCAAACCAAUGGGUUCUCACCAUCAAUAUGCUGGUUCAGCUGAACACAAUAGUGGUGUAUUUGCUAGAUUUCGUGCAAGGCAUAAUAGGUCAUCAUCAUUUAAUGAAGAAACUUUGGGCUGCCAUACUGUUGAUCUUCAUACUUCAACAAUAAAGAUGGAUGCAGAGGAUACAGAUUUACGGCUUUGCUUCAGGAUCAUAUCUCCGCUGAAAACUUACACAUUGCAGGCUGAAAAUGGGGCAGAUAGAAUGGACUGGGUUAAUAAAAUUACUGCAGUUAUUACAUCUCUUUUGAAUUCUCAUAUCCUGCAGCAGCAUGUGGAGAAUAAUGAUUAUGCUCGCAGAGCUUCUUCUAAUGUUAGGUCACCUAAUAGGCUUGGUACUUUAGAGAUUGACGGAAUAGGCAACAGAGCAGAGCCUGUUUCUGCAGUCCUCAGAGAAAUUCCUGGAAAUGAUGUUUGUGCAGAGUGCAAUGCUCCUGAACCUGAUUGGGCAUCUCUUAAUCUUGGCAUAUUAUUGUGCAUUGAAUGCUCAGGUGUUCACCGUAAUCUUGGUGUACACGUUUCAAAGGUGAGAUCUUUGACAUUAGAUGUCAAAGUGUGGGAACCUUCAAUUGUGGAAUUAUUUCGUACUUUGGGCAAUGCUUAUUGUAACUCUGUUUGGGAAGGUUCACUCCCUAAGAAUGAGAGAGUGGAUGAAUCAAAUGUUAUUAGCACAUCAAUAACAAAACCAUGCUCUAAAGAUGUGAUUUCCCAUAAAGAGAAAUACAUUAAUGCUAAGUACGUAGAGAAAUUGCUAAUCAUCAGAGAUGAAAUGCAACCUGGAGUUCUUCCAAAGUCAACAAACAUCUGGCAAGCAGUUAAGACUGAUAAUUUACGAGAAGUGUAUCGUCUACUUGCAAUAUCAGACACCAAUAUCGUAAAUACCACCUUUGAUGAUGCUUUUAGCAUUGAGUUCUAUCACCAUGCUGUUGACGCACAAGACUCAUCACUUGAUAGCCACAAAGAGGAAAGGAAACAGUAUGAUCCAUCAGCCUGUCAGAGGAUCAAGGAUUCACAUGACCCGAGGAACUGUCUACAAGGUUGUUCGGUUUUGCAUCUGGCAUGCCAAUGCGGUAAUCCUGUGAUGGUUGAGCUGUUGCUGCAAUUUAGUGCUGAUAUAAAUAUGCGGGACUUCCAUGGCAGGACUCCUUUGCACCAUUGCAUUUCUAUAGGCAACAGCCCAUUGGCAAAGCAUCUACUAAGAAGAGGCGCACGGUCAACGAUUAAAGAUGGUGGGGGAUUAAGUGCUUUAGAAAGGGCUAUGGAGAAGGGAGCAAUUACAGAUGAGGAGCUCUUUAUUUUGCUCAGCGAAAGCUAGUGAAGCAAACAUGGUUGCCCCAAAUUCGUAAGCCUGCUUCUCUCUCAUGACUUCCACUUAUGUUGGCUGUUGUUGCCUAUAGCAUAACAAGAACCUUCUAUCCUACUCUAAGCUGUUGACAUUACUGAAUUGUUUAUCCUAUAAUAUUUAAAACUAGAUGUAUUCUUAGGGGUAAUUGUUGGAACCUUCCCUUUGUGCUUGCAAUGGUUGGAUGAUUUUCUCUGUUGAUUGUUUUGCUAGUGCCAAAAUUUUACUGACAUAGUCUCUAAACUCGCGAGGGUAAAGUUGAAUUGGAUGGUCACUGGUUGUAAUAUAACAAUAUGUUGAAGGCAUAAGGGCCAAUUUUCUUUGCUUUUUAUCUAAAUCAAGUUUGAUUUCAA